AUGGGCAUGCUAUCGCGAUCGUCCAGCUCGGCGUCGUCCGCAGAGAAGGGCGAGGUGGAACCUGCUCCUGCGCCGCGCAUGGCCAAGUUCGCCACGUCGCGCAGUACGCGCUUUGACGAGUCCGCCACCACCCAACGGCGUCUGGAGCGCACGCACUCGAUCGCCGCCUCGCUGCGCGCACCCUCACGCAUCGACCCCACCGCCAAAGUGCCCGUCGAGUUCCGCACGCUCUCCAUCCAGCUCUCCCACGGCGGUCUCGCCGACCCUACGCACAAGAGCGACCGAAAGGCCGUCAAGGAGCUCGCCGAUCUCGACUGGCACAAGCUCAGCGUCGACGAGGUGCUCUCGCGCACCGCCACCUCGGCACAAUCCGGUCUCGACCCAGACCAGGUAGAGAGAAGGCUCAAGCAGUACGGCAAGAACGUCAUGUCCAAACCCCCGCGUAGGCUGCUCCGCAAGAUCGCAGGCUACAUCUUUGGCGGAUUCGGUUCGCUGCUCAUCGUCUGCUCCAUCCUUGCCUUCGUCGCCUGGAAGCCUCUCGGCGAACCCAACCCGCAGACGUCCAACCUUGCACUUGCAGUGGUGCUGCUCGUCGUCGUCGUCAUCCAGGCCGUCUUCAACGCGUGGCAGGAUUUCAGCACGAGCCGCAUCAUGGAUUCCAUCGUAGGCAUGCUCCCCGACGCAGUCACCGCCAUCCGCAACGGCGCACAUGCCAGCAUCGAGGCACACGACCUUGUCCAGGGCGAUAUCGUCGUAGUGUCGCUCGGAAACAAGAUCGCCGCCGAUCUUAGGUUGAUCGCCUGCUCCGAGGCAAAGUUCGACCGCAGCGUAGUGACCGGCGAGGCCGAGGCGAUUGCAGGUACGGUCGACAUGUCCGAUGACAACUACCUCGAGACGCGCAACAUUGCGCUUGCCGGUACUAGCUGUGUUUCCGGUUCGGCCAUCGGUGUUGUUGUGGCCACGGGCGACAACACCGUCUUUGGCAGAAUCGCUGCCAUGACCAACCGACCCAAGGCGGGUCUCACGACGCUCGAGCGCGAGGUACGAUUCUUCGUCACCACCAUCGCUGCCAUCGCCAUGGCGCUCGCCGUCAUCUGCGUCAUCAUCUGGGCAGCCUACCUGCGCCCCAAGCAUCCCGAGUUCAUGUCCGUCUCGGCACUCCUCGUCAACGUCGUCUCCAUCCUGGUCGCAUUCAUCCCCGAGGGUCUGCCCGUUGCUGUCACGCUCUCGCUCACCGUCAUCGCCAAGAAGAUGUCCAACGCCAAGAUCCUGUGUAAGCAGCUGUCUACGUGCGAGACGCUCGGUUCCGUAUCCGUCCUCUGCUCCGACAAGACGGGCACGCUCACUUCGAACCGCAUGACUGCCACCUCGGUCGGCGUGCUCGGCUUCGAAAGCACCCCCGCCGAUGCACGCGAUCACGUCAACACCGGCGCUCCUGUCGGACACGCCUUCCAGCAGCUCCAAUUCGUAGGCGCCGUAUGCAACGCAGCUGUGUUCGACGCAGCCACCAUGUCGCUCCCCGUCGACGAGAGGAAGGUGUACGGAGACGCCACCGACUCGGCCGUGCUCAAGAUGGCUGAACUCAUCAAGCCCGUCGCCGACACCAACAGGCCGUGGGAUACAGAGUACAAGCUCAGCUUCAACUCCAAGAACAAGUUUAUGCUCCAGCUCGUCGGCCUGCGUGCCGAGGCUACCGCCGACGCAGUUGAGGCUCGCAAGCUGGUGGGCUCCGUCAUGUCGACCGGCGAGGCUGCCGCGUUCGAUGCCGAGAACGACAAGAUCCUGCUCGCCAAGGGUGGCCCCGAUGUGCUGCUCAAACGUGCUGUUUUCGCCAUGGACGCUGCCGGCCAGGUGGUGCCGAUGACCGACGAGGUUCGCGACUCGAUUGUUGCCAUGCAGUCCACGUGGUCGUCGCGCGGACAGCGAUGUCUGCUGCUCGCUCGCAAGAUCAUCCGUGCCGGCGAGCUCGAAGCCUCGAUCCCGCUCGAGGAUGCCGUGAUGGCCGCCAACACCCAGCUCACCGUGGUGGGUCUGGUCGGAAUCGUCGACCCGCCGCGACCCGAGAUCCCCUCGGUGGUCGCCACGUGUCGCGGCGCGGGCAUCCGCUUCUUCAUGGUGACGGGCGACUUUCAGCUCACCGCCGAGGCGAUUGCGCGCCAGUGCGGCAUUGUGACCGCCGAGAAAGUAAAGCGCUUCGACGAUCUGCACUCGGUGGAGCUGCCCGUGUACAACACGCAGGCGGACAAUGCCGAUCGUCCACAAAACGCGCUCUCGCUCUCCGGCCCCGAUCUGAUGCGCAUGGAAGAGUCGGACUGGGAGCAGAUUUGCCGGUAUGACGAGAUCGUCUUUUCGCGCACCACGCCCGAGCAGAAGCUGCGCAUCGUCAAGGAGUUCCAGGCGCGCGGCGAGUGCGUCGGCAUGACGGGCGACGGCGUCAACGACGCACCCAGCCUCAAGCAGGCCGACAUUGGCAUUGCCAUGGGCGGUGGUUCGGCCGUCGCCAUGGAGGCGGCCGAUAUGGUGCUGCUCGACAGCUUCUCGUCGAUCGUCGAUGCGCUGCUCUACGGCAGGCUGGUCUUUGUCAACCUCAAAAAGACCAUCGGCUACCUGCUUCCCGCAGGCUCGAUCGCCGAGCUGUGGGCGGUGCUGCUGUCUUUCUUCUUUGGGCUGCCGCAGAUCCUGAGCAAUCUGCAGAUGAUCUUUGUGUGCGUGGGUACCGAUGCCAUCUCGUCGCUCAGCCUGGUGCAUGAGCAGCCCGAAGCGAACCUGCUCCAGCGCAAGCCCCGCGACAUCAAGAAGGACCGUCUGGCGGAUUGGAGGCUGCUGGCACACGCCUAUCUGUUUGUGGGCAUGCCGCUCACCGUGAUCAGCUGCGCCAUGGCGUUCUGGUACAUGCAGCGCAACGGCGUCGCCUUCUCCGACAUGUGGCUCACCUAUGGCGCCGGCAAGGUGCAGACCUCGAACCCGACGCUGUUCAACGAGGUGCUCUACCGCGCCAAUGCGGUGUACUUUUUCAACCUCGUCAUUCAGCAGUGGUUCAACCUGCUCGGCUGGCGCACCCAGAGCCGUAGCAUCGUCCAGCAGCCUCCCAUCGGCAAGAAGAGCACCCAGAACCUGUACCUCCUGCCCGCCAUGGCUCUCUCGCUGCUCAUCGCCGUGUUCCUCAGCUACAUCCCGGCGCUCCAGCGCGUCUUCCUCACGCGCGGCGUCGAGGUCGAGCACUACUUCCUCCCCGUCGCUUUCGGUGUGGGCAUGCUGGUGCUCGAGGAGCUGAGGAAGCUGGCUGUGCGCCACUUCCCCCGGUCUUUCCUCGCGUACGUUGCCUGGUAG